AGCAUACCACUCGCAAGGGCGAAGAUGGCCCGUGGCGGUCAAGUGGGAGAGGCUGCUCCGCCUCUACUUCCAACGGUUUCCUUUCAAAAGAUUGAAAACGAUGUUUCGACUCAACCAAGCGGAGUCCAUGAUCACCAGGCAAAAACUUUUGGAUAUAAUGAUGGCUCAGAGUUCAACCGUCCUGACCAGUACAUCCGGCAUAUAGAACCUCUUGAAGCCGACCUUGAGCGCCAGGUUGAAUAUGAUAUGGACGAGCAGGAUCAGGAAUGGCUCGACGCUGUCAAUGCUGAACGAAAGAAGGAGCAGAUAGACAAAGUUAGCUACGAGGUUUUUGAAGUUGUCAUGGAUCGUUUGGACAAGGAGUGGUUCAAUCUGACGAAGCGCGUUCCCAAAAAUGAUUUGGCUCUCCCUUCCGAAGACUCAACUUGCGCUGUCUGUGAUGAUCCAGAAGGAGAGAAUAGCAAUGCGAUCGUCUUCUGCGAUGGUUGUAAUCUUGCAGUCCACCAAGAUUGCUAUGGCGUACCUUAUAUUCCGGAGGGUCAAUGGUUAUGUCGCAAAUGUACCGUUUCCCCUGAGAAUCCAGUGUCAUGUAUCUUGUGCCCCAACGAGGGAGGCGCAUUCAAGCAGACGACCCAGGGAAAGUGGAUUCACCUUCUCUGCGCAAUCUGGGUCCCCGAAACCCGUGUUUCCAACGACGCUUUUAUGGAGCCAAUCAUCGGAGUCAAUACCAUCCCCAAAAGCAGAUGGAAACUGAGAUGCUCCUUGUGCGACAGCCGCCAUGGAGCUUGCAUCCAAUGCGCCAGACCCCAGUGUUUUCUCGCCUUCCAUGUCUCUUGUGCCCGACAAGAUAAACUUCUCCUCCCUAUGAAAAGUACGCAGGGUAGCGAGUCGGCCACGCUCAGCGCAUAUUGUGAAAAACACCUACCGCGAGAGCAAGCACAGCUUCGCGAAGAAGCAUUAAAAGAGGAGGAGGAGCAAGAGGCAGCAGACUACAGCAAUGCCAAACUUGCCAAGUCUGCACGAGCUUAUGCAAAAACCUACAAACCCGGACCGCCUCUUGUUCCUGCCUCCAUUCUUGAGCGAAUUCAGAUCUACGUUAAUCGAGUUAACAUCAGGAAAAAGCCCGAAUUUCUUGCCAUGAUGUGCAGAUAUUGGAGUCUCAAGCGUGAGGCACGAAGAGGUGCACCGUUGCUGAAGCGACUUCAUCUUGAACCUUGGACUGCAAGCACAAAUACGAACAUGGACGGCGAAGAGGAAAAACAGAUGAAACUCGAGCAACUCCAACAUCUGCGCACAGACUUGGAAGCACUGAGAAAUCUGACAGAACUCACACGGCGGCGCGAGACCCGAAAGCUCAAACAGGCCGAACUAAUCAACGAGGUCAUUGCUCAAGCGCUUUUCCCGCAUAUGCCACGCCUUCGAGCCGCCUUCACCAAAAUUGUCGCCCUCGAUCGGUCUGAAUACUUCAAAAUGCCAGUCAAACAAUCUGAGGUUCCCGACUACUUUGACGUGAUUACGACUCCGAUGUCCUGGAGCAUCAUCGAAGAAAAACUGGAAACCUUCAAAUAUUGGGACCUUCAAGUGUUCAAGGAUGAUGUUGACCUCGUUUUAAACAACGCACUCCAAUACAACAAGCCUGGUACGCCGUAUCACAAAACCGCCCUGCGAAUCCAAGCCGCCUCGGUCCCGAUAUUGACCGAGUUAUCUAAUCUGUGCUCUUCGCCAAACCUGCGGAGUCCUAACGAAGAUAAUGCUGAAACUGCUGCUUGGGUACCCACGGCCAUCGGAGAUCUCGAGCCUCCCCUUGAAGUUCUAGACCUCCUUUUGUCGUCGGAUGCCAUUCAGGUUGAAACAGAUCUGCUGCUUUCUGCUGACCCUAUAACAUCCCUCUUUAACUUCGAGCUCGCCCAGCAGAAACCCAACUUGGAGGCGAUAGCAGAAGCUGAGCGCAAAGAAGAAAGGAAGCUUCAGGCCAAAGCCAAGCGGGAGCAAGCCAAAGCGGACAAAUUAGCCAAGCAAGAAGCGGCCCGAGAACGACAACUAGCUCGGGAGCAGGAGAAAGAGGCCGCCGCUGCCCAAAUAGCCAGUGCCUUGGAUCCAGACGAAUCCACCCAUGAAGCUGCGUUAGCUCUUGCCAGUCUGUCCGCGCCAGUAGGAAUACGUGUGACGCGUGGUGCUCUGGCUCAAGUUACUGCACAAGUUGACCCAGAGCCUCCCGUGCCGAUACCCAUACCGGACAGUAUAUCUGCCCCGCCAACAACCCGUAGAAGAAGGAAGGCAUCACCUCAAGAGCAUAUUCCCACUGACUUCGAUCCGGAUGUAAUGGACAGUUUCGUCAAAUUUGGUUGGAGUCCACGAAGGACUCGCCAAUCAACCCAAUCAAUUGGACCUCCUCCACGGAAAAAAGCACGUCAAGACUCAGGCCCCUCGAGUUUAUCACCAGUUCGUGCUCGCGAUUCAGUCGGUCAACAAACCUCAGCUGGCGACAAGCCGGCACCUGCGCGACGCGGAGGACGUAAGCGAUCAGCUGUAAUUCCACCACCAAAGGUCAUUCGAACGGACACUGGGGAGGUCAUCAUCGAAGAAUUGGAUACUCCAGAAAUUCGAAGAGAGAAGAGUGCCCGACGUAAAUUGGAAAUACAGAUGAAGCGCGAUGCUGAAGCUGUUGCCCUCGCUAAGGCAGCGGAGGCUGAACCGCCAACGACAGAACAGUCCGGUGCCCUCCACGAUGCUAUAAACGGAGAUGACCUAACGCCAGAUGAAGACGAAGAGGAUGCUGAUGUCGCAGCUGAUGUUGAAGACAACAAAUCAAGUGAUCUUAGUGAUAUCGAAACGGAGGCCGAACCAGAACCACAACAGAUGGCGCCACCAAACCAAGUUAAUCAGCCUAUUCCCGAGACUGAGCCAGACGGAACAGCGGAGUUCGCCCAGGGAAUUACGCUGCGCAUUGAGAGCGAAGCUGUACCAAUGGAAGAAGACGACCCGAUAAGCGGAGAGCUCACCCCAUCCCCCCAAGAGGAUGUAGAGAUGGUUGAUGUUGAGGAGCCCAAGGCAGCUCCAAGUCAAAAUAAAAGGAAAAGGGGACGUCAAAUCGGUGACGAAACUUGGCCCGCGCAGUUCAAAGACCUGGGACGCAUUACUCUCCGGGAAGGGGCGUCGGUCGAGCCAGGGACGUUGGUUUGGGUAAAAAUCGCAACCUACCCUUGGUGGCCAGCUGUGGUCUUCCAUGACAAUGACCCCAUGGUUCCCCCAAAAGUGCUGAAGGAAGCUCGUCGGAAGCGUGAAACUUCAACGAGGAGGGGAUUCCUACAUGUUGUUCGGUUUUGGGAUAAAGAGAGUAAUAGCAAUUGGCAGUCUGCUUCAGUCGACCAGAUGCGCAUGCUAUGCGAAUCAAAAGGUUACCGCCGUGUUGCGCUUCCUUUUUCUUCGACUGCUGACCACCAAACAGAACUGGACGAGGAACUAUGUAGACCAAACUCACAGCUGCAGAAAUAUAAAGGGCGGAAUCGAAGCGAUGAAAUCCAGGCUGCUUACAAUCUAGCUCUCGGGGAAAUGGAAAGUGGGGACGAGAAAUCUCAGUUUCUGACACCUAUCUGA